AUGUUUAUAGAUUCAUUAUUUACCCGGAAAAAUGAAUCUUCUGAAUUCUUUCCUGAAAACGUUUGCUUGAGGCUUUUGCAAGGACUAGAAAAUCAAAAUUUUCAUCUUUAUAUAUAUAACUGAUAUAAUUCAAUACCAUUGCUAUUGAAAUUGAAAGAAUUUGGAAUUGAAUGCACUGGCACAAUAAAACAAAAUCGAAAAUAUCUUCCGAAGGACUUCAAAAAGAUUAUUGCAGGAAUAAAUCAAAGUGAAUAUCUGUUUAUAAGAGCAGAUCAGAUACUUUUAUCUUGUUGGCAUGACAAAAGGAUGGUUGUUUGUGCAGUUAAUUCAGGAAGAUCAGCUAUAAUCACAAAGAAAAGAGGCAAAGAUGAAAUCAUUACAAUUCCAGAAAUUAUUGAACACUAUAGGCAGUUUAUGAUAGGUAUUGAUAUGUUCGACCAAAAUAAAACUGUAAUAAAUCAAGCAAUUUCAGGAAUGGAUUGGAUAAUAAAAAUUGAAAAUACAAAAGAAUGCAUCUUCUGCUAUUAUAAAAAAGGAAAGAAAUCAAGGACCCCUUAUAUUUGUUCAGAAUCUAAGAUACACCUUCAUCCAAAUUGCUUUUAUAGCUAUCAUAAUAAUAUAAAGAAAUUAUAG